GCGUGAGGAGCCGCGAAGCCGGCGGAUUGUUGCCUUUUAUAAUUGUUUUACUUUGAUUUUGACUUGUUAUUUUGUGAGAGAACACUUGUUUUAAACCUUUUGUCAGUGAAACAUCCCCUGCUAUCUCCAUGGAAGCCACUCAAAAUGAAGAUUUAUGGACUCUGUUUAAGUCGCUUCAGCAUUUAGUGGAAAGAGCAGUUUGCAGUGAAGAUGACUCAAUUCUUGAUCCACUGCAAAAAGCCUUGCAGAAACACAAGCAAAACUUCCUCACACUUUUGAAAAACCCACCCAAAGAUGCCAAAGCGAGAGAAGAGCUGUCUCGGGCCACCACAGAAGGUAUCCGUCUGGGUGGCUUGGCACAGCAGUUGUUACCCCAGGAGCUGGUUGAUGAGAUCAUCAUCAUCUCCGAUAUGUACAACCUGAACGAGUACAUGGUCCUGUAUCUCUUGACUACAGCUCAAUCACAGAUGGUGUACCACCCUGGCUUAACCCGAGGGUUGGUCGCAGUGCUAUUGUACUACGAUGGUCGCAAGGCGUUGGUGUCAGCUCUGCGUAUGCUGAUGCAGGCAAGACACGGAGCUUUGUGGACGGUUGAUGCCGCCCCGGAAGUCACUCAUUUCAUCACUGCGUACACUCGGGACCUACUAGACAACGAUCUGAUAGUCAAGGUUCUUGGUGUUUUAUCGUCGCUGGACCUGUCCAAGGAGAUGGAGCUGCUGCAGAACAACCGAGCGCUGGGUGGUCCUCGUCAUCAUCAUACCGUAGUCAACCUGUUCCAAGAGACCAGGCAACUACUGGCAGACAUUGUGUAUCUGGUGGCUGCUCAGAGUGGCUUGCCUAAGGAGCCUACAGACUGCCUGUUGGAGCAUCUACGUGGAUGGAAGCCGCAGACAGAUGCCAGCGGAGGAGUGGAUGGUGUUACGCUCUCACUACAGAUGGCUCUACUGUAUGUUCUGGAUGUCGGAGUACUGCAGCGUAGGGAAGACGGUGAAGAGCUGUUGGAGAAGAUGCCCCUGAUCAGCGACCCAAGGUUCAUGCCUGCGUUGCUGAGAGAGUUGUCUCCGCGUGACAGUGAGCGUCCGUGGCAGUGUGAGGGACUCAAGGCCUUGACACAACUUACACUAGCGGUCACGUUGACAUCGCUACGUGUCGCUCCUCCCAACAUACAACCUCAGGGAGUAUAUGAAGAGGAUGAAAUUUUGAUCGACAGUGCCAUUAAGAUGAAGGUGUUUCAAUUUUUAAACAACUCAUUUCUGUUAAAUGAAACUAUCUACAAAGAGGAGUUUUAUCUGAGAAGGCUGCACAACCUACUGACAGACUUCAUCAUUCAGAUGCCUCUGAAGCUGAAAGAACUCAGAAACAAAGCUGAAGACGCUGCUAAAACUUACAACGCUUAUGUUCAAGAAGGACUAGACCCACCAACCAAUCUAUCCCAGAGUUAUGAGCAACUUCUUCUCUCCCUCUCCCGUCUGUACGGUACAGACCCUCUCAACCUACAACUGGAGCUGGACUACUGGUGUACGGACGGAGCUCCACAGAACUACGCUUAUCGCAUGCCUCCCCGACAGGUGAGCUUGUACAAGUUUGUACGUCAGAGUGGAGAGUCUCUUCCGCCAACGUUGUUUGUUCCGUACAUGAAAAUGCUGGCAUCCCUAGCAUCAUGUCCUGCAGCAGCUAAACAGGCUUACCAACUGCUGAAGACAAACCAGCCGCCACAGUCAAAUGUUGCCUGGGAUCAUUUUUUUAGCUCGCUAAACAGGUACUACACCAGUCUAAAGCAAGAGCUACCUCCCAUGUCGGACACGGUGUACCGCCACCGUAACUACCCCAAGGUGAUCACCCCCCUUGAGAUUCAUGGGCUGCAAGCGGUGUUGCUGGUCAUCAGGACUGUUGCUGAGCAAGACGAGAUUUCAAGACAGGCCCUAGUGGACACCUCGGCAUGGACACCAUUGCUAGGUCUGGUCACAUGUUCGGUACACAUCGGUCUCAAGGCAGAGUUGUUGUUGACCUUGGCUGCUUUGGGAAGGUCACCGGCCACUGCCGCAGUCUUGUGGCACAACCUGGAGGCCUCACAGAUCCUGGCUACCAUCCCGUCCACCAGCAGCUACCUGCCACGCGGUCUUCAGACCGAGCUUGAGGAGGUUGAGUCACGCAAUGAAGAGUUCCCUCUGACCCGAGCAAUGCUAGUGCUGCUUGACGUGCUGACUGAUGUCCCUAUUCCCCGACUGCUCGGGUGCGGCACCCGGACACCUGGGUUCCAUCCGUACCUCACCUUUGUGCUGCACAGUGUCUUUUUGCGGUUCCACACCCGCUCGUACAAGAGCGUGCAGGAGAAGUGGGAGGUGUGUCGCCUGUGUCUGCACCUGCUGGUCAAGCUGAUAUCCCAGUAUGAGCCUGCGCCUGAAGACUUCGUAGCCACCAAGGUGCAGUUGCAAGGCGGAGGAACCACGUCUGUCAGUCCACCACCUGGCUUUCACCUCAUGUCUGAACUGUGCUCCAAGUCUCAACUGUUCCGACUUGUAAUGCAACUUAUAGAGGAGGCGGCCCAGAUGCUGGACACUUACACAGUGUUUGUAGGCAAGACGACAUUAGAGGCUGCGGCACUGCUGUGUCUACAGCUGUUAGACUGCGGACUGCGACUGCAGCAACGCUACCUGCUGGCUCUCAGUCAGGCCUCUAGUUCACUGCUGUUGACACCUCUCAACAAACUGUUGUUGGGCAUCAACUCCACCACAGGCAAGCCUGAUCAUCUGCUCAACAUCGCCAAGUACGUGACCUACAACAGCUGGCUGCCGAGUCACGCGCUCUACACUGUGCGUAUCUUCCUGGCUGUCACCAUGUAUCCGGUGCCUCAGUCACAGAUAGUCUCUGUGCUCACGGCCACUCAAGCACUCACCACUCACGUAAGACACGGCUUUGUCGAGUGUUUGGAGGCUGAUGAUGAGGACCCUUCGGAUGAUCAAGAUAACUUGAGUGAAGCUACGAAAACUAAGGAGGCCAUAUUGAAACUGUUGCUGCAAUGUCUGAACCACACACCACCCAACCUGGCUCACUACCUGCUGGGCUUUGAUUUGGACAAGGAUAUCUCCCAUACUAACUUCCAGCAACCUGGUAUGCUGGGUUUCCCACUGACAUGUCUUCACGCUGUCAUGUCCCUACUCAACACUGGACUGAGAGCUCACUCCGAUGUGACGGCUCCUUCAGUCAACCCUCGCCUCACAGAGCUCUGUUACCAUCUUAUCUACGCGCUGGCCGCUAACGUCAGGACGUCCGAGCCUACUCUGAGAUUCCUAAGGUCCUCGGGAGACUUUAUACAACGUCACCUUGCCGCGUUGCCAUUCAACUCAUCGAACAAGGGUUGUGAUCUGACCCAGACUGCGUGGCUGCUGAAGACUGUUGCUAUAGAGCUGAAGGUGACAGCUGCCCAUCAGCAGAUGUCUCAGUUGACCAAUCUAGUCAACGUGCUGGUAGUGGACAAGGAAGUGCUUCGAGCUGACCGCCACCUCGGCAACGUCACCUCUGGAGUGCAACUUACUCACUCCUUCAAAAACGAUUUAGUGGAUCUGUCAGCACCAUACAAGCGUCUGAUACUGCAGUUGCUGGGAGUUUUGUCUUUCAACAUAGAGCCUGUCCCCACCCCCACCUGGGAGUUCUUUGAACACAGCCAGAUGGAGAGUCUGAUGGCCAAGUGUGAGGUUGCCAGUCCAGGGGGUUUGAAGGUGAUCAACAUCAAGCGUCUUCAUCGACUGCUGGUCAAUGAACUGUCUGUAGUUCAGGGUAGCUCCACUGUGGCUCAGCGGCAGCUCAUCCUGCGAGAAAUACAGAACGUGUUAGCUCAUGCAGUCAGACAGAACCAACAACACCACUUAGCGUCAGCCACCGUACAGUACCUGGAUGCCUGGAGACAAGUGACCGAGGUGUUGUUCUCAGUGGCUCCUACCGAAUCACUCCCCUUUCCUCUGCGCUUCAGCCUGUUACUGCAAACCAUCUUUGAACUGCUCACCAAGGUACUGAACGCCACGGUGAUGACUGAGCUAGCGAUCCUGUCGUCCAACGCAGUGUUACUGCUGCUGGUCAACGUGCGUCACUGUCUCACACAACAGCUGGGCAAGCUACAGCUCAGUGGGGCAGAGGACGCAGGUGCCAAGCUGCGAGCCUUCCUACAGGCCAAGGAGAACAUCCUGCGCGACAUCAGCAGCUGCCUGCUCAAGUGGAUAUUGAGCUCAGUGUCUUCACAAAAGCUGCGUGCCAACCUGUACGCAGCUCUGCUCAGCUUUCUGCAGUUAUCUCGUCAGCAGUGUGAGCCGAUGCCUGCACGACCGGUGGAGAUAUCUGGUGGCAACUACGUCAGUCUACUCGACCAGCAAACUCUCUCCGUCAGCAAACAUGCUUGUGUCCAGGUUCUGUUGGGUUUCGGAGAGAGAUUGUUGACUACCUUAUGUCAAGACUUCUCGGGUGGUCAUGACAUCUGUAAGAUGCUGGCCUUGUCCUGUCUGGACCUGAUGAUAGAGAUGGAUCCUAACGGCCACUGGGUGUCAUUCUUGUCCUCCAGAGGCUACCUCAAGUUCCUCAUCGAUAGUCUGCUCGCCUCGGACCACGACCUCGUGGAGUUAGUCACCAACAACAGUGACACAUUGCGACCGCUCUACGUCUAUGAGAGCAAAAUGGCUCUGUUGUGUAGAGUAGCGUCAACUCACAGUGGUGCUGAGCUGCUACUAGAACAAAACUGUCUUUCUUGUCUGUCUUCUCUGCAAGUGUUGGAUAGACACCCAGAUAUCACCCCCAGAUUUGCACAAACAAGGUCAGCUAAGUCAAUGGAGCUAGACUUUAUCCCGUCACCAGCCACUCGCUACCUUCAGAUAUUCUCUCCUGCUCUGACAUUGUGUCAGACGAUUCUCUCUUCCCUCGGAGUUCACAACCAGUCAGCUGUAGCUCAGGUGAUACAUUUCCUCAUGAGUCACAGUGACACGGUGAACCAAGUGUUGCGUUGUGGCAGUCCCUUCCUGCAGCCCAACUUUCUGCAUGAGUUGCAACAGCUGACUGCAGUCAUUGCCAGAGCUACCAACCAGGAGGUAGUGCGCCAGAUGACUGACGAGAGCGUACAGAAAGGCCACCUGUUGGAGGGCAACCUCUACUUCGGAAAGACACAGAAUCUGAUGUUGGGACUGCUCAGUAGGUUCGUCCUAUCAGAAGCCACUCUAAAGGACCUCACCAGCUCUGUAGACCCUGACCGCAACAACCCUCAAGCCAGGGCAGAGGUGGUGCUUACGUUUUUGCAGAUUGCAGGGAACUUGGCCAUGUACGCUCGUAACCUUGUGUCUAGCAGUGGCCUGGAUAAGCCUCCUACAUCGGCCAUCUUAAAACCCUCCCUUCUGGAACCCAACGUACUGGACAAGAAAGAAGUGUCCCAGAGCAGUCUAGGAGUUGUUGUACAACAGAUGGUACAAUGUGUCAGUCACUUCCACAGGGAGAAGGUAUCGCUAGACCUGUUGGUGCGCAAGUACCAGUCCAUCCCUGAUCUUAACUCUACCACUGUCAAAGAGUUUCUACCAGAAGGGUACAACCGUUUGAGUUCACUGGAUGAGUCCAAACAAGUUGUGAACCAGCUGAUGCUCAAGGAGGUACAAGACAAGAAGUCAGAGUUGGAGAUGUGCGAGUUCGUCAUAGAGAACAGUCUCUACUUGUUGUGGGCUCAUCUGGACGUCUACAUGCUGCAGUCAAUACCCACCAAGACACUGAUGGGCAUUAAAGCACAAAAGCCUAUGAAUCCCAGAGAGAAUAGUUGGGGAGUCUCUAUGGAGGACCUUAACAAACUGAAGCAAGGACUUGUGUCAGUCUUCAAUGAUACCUUCUGCAAAAACCUCAUCACUGUGUCACAGGAAUUGAGUACAGGAGACCGAGGUUAUGUCGAGGCUCUUGUCAGAAGAAUAAAGAAACUCAUCCAGUUUGUCCCCAGCAAAUGAAUGUCUCAUUAAUGUGUAUUUUGUAGGUAUAAUAAAUUUCCAUUUUUGUUAAUUUA